AUCCAGGAAAACCCACCCGGGACCUGUGGUGCACCUCAGUGACAAUCCCCUGGAUGCUAGCAAGUUGCUGAUUGGGUAUGAGACCGGUCAGAUAGUCUUAUGGGACCUCAGAACGAGAACCGCGGAAAUGCGUUGCCAGUCAGCAGAACCUCUGAGGUCCAUCUCAUGGCAUCAUGAAGGAAAACAAUUUAUGUGCAGUCAUACAGAUGGAUCACUCACCACGUGGACAGUCAGGCAGGCUCCUAAGCCCAUCAAUGUCUCACAGCCUCACGCCAAAACAAAUAAAGAUGGUAAAGCAGAGGCAUGCAAACCUAUUCAGAAAGUGGAGUGGAAGUCUUCUAAAACAGGGGAAGCAUAUGUGAUAUUUUCUGGUGGCCUCACGUAUGACAAAGCAGGUCGCACUCCUAGUAUAACAGUUAUCCAUGGAAAAACCACCACAGUAUUGGAAAUGGAACAUAAUGUUGUAGACUUUAUCACAUUAUGUGAAAGUCCUUGGACAAGUGAUUUCCAGGACCCGUAUGCAAUAGUGGUACUUCUGAAUAAUGACUUAGUCGUGAUAGACCUCCUGACCCCUGGCUACCCUUGUUUUGAGAAUCCCUAUCCCAUGGACCUUCAUGAAUCACCUGUUACUUGUUGCACAUACCUUGCUGACUGUCCCUCUGACCUCAUUCCUGCAUUUUAUUCUGUGGGUUCUCGUGCACAGAAGCGAACAGGCUUUAGUGAAAGGCUAUGGCCCUUGUGUGGUGGAGAGUGGAGUCCUACUUCAUGCAGCUACAAUGAAAUUAUCCUCACAGGACAUGCAGAUGGCAGUAUAAAGUUCUGGGAUGCAUCAGCAGGGUCCUUACAAGUUCUAUACAAAUUAAAAACGGCCAAAGUAUUCGAGAAGCCAAGAUCCAGAAGUGUUGAUGGUGUAGAUGAAGACCCAUUUGCAAUACAGUUAAUAUCCCUGUGCCCUGAAAGCAGAAAAUUGUGUGUGGCAGGGGCUAGUAGUCAUGUGAUACUUUUUAAAUUCCGAAAACUGGAAUCAGUCUCAGAAACAGCUAUGCUAGAAAUUCCCAUCACAUAUGAAAUAUCAGAGGAAGGGGACUGUUCUCCAGAGUAUGAAUAUCCACCCCGCCCAACCCUCAGCAUGGCUUCCAAAACAGAUUCAGCUGAAGGAGAGAGCAAAAAGUCUUCUCUUGAAUAUUUAACUCCACUGAGAGUACGUACAGGACCACAGAAGAAACCACCAGGCUUCCAGGCACAUCUUGUUUGUUUAACACCUCUCAUGAAUGGAGAGCUGCCUAGUCAGAUCUCAUCUCUCAGCAUAAAUUCUUCCUAUGGCCUGAUGACUUAUGGUACAGAUUUUGGAAUUGUGAUAGUUGACAUUGUCCAGAAAGUGUGUAUACUAAAUAUGAGUUCACCUGACCUUUAUGGCUCAGCUGAUCCAUAUCAAAGGGUUCCACGGUCACCGAAACGUGACAACAACUCUCGUGAGCUGGAUGAACGAUGCCGUUCACCCAGCACAGACCAGUUUGUUUCCUCUAGAGAUGCACCCAAAAUUCUGGAGCCUCCCGUGGUCCCUGUAGAUGCUGCCAUUCCCCUCACCAGCCCUUUCUGUAAGGUAAUGGACAACUCUGAGGUAGACAGUGAAGGGAGUCAGACUACCCUUCAGCCAAUGAAAGAGUCCUGCACUAUUGGAAGCGAUAUCUCCAAUGUGUCUUCUCAUCCUAGUCCUGAUGUAGAAGAAGCUGAAGAGACAAUUGUUGCUCCCUCCAGCCCUCUUAGACAGCCAGAAUUUAAACCAGAAUACUCCGAGGCAGUUGUGGAGUUGCCAGCUAAAUCUCCAUGCAGUGAACAAGAAAGACGUAGAAGUAGUCAUUCAUGGAAGGGGUUCAGCCUCAAGAAACAACUGAGUCGAGUAGAUCAGAAGUUCAAACACACGUUCUCAGGUGCCCCGCAACCAACUUAUGCACCAUGUAGUACCAGUCACAGCAAGGACAAGCGUUCAUCUGUCUUUUAUUGCUCUUCAUCAGAUAUGCCAUUUACACAUUCUGUAGUUAACCCAAUUGAAAUUGAAUCCCCUUUACCAGAACCUUCAGAAGAGAGUGAGAGUAAGGGUGCUUUUACACCAGACUGUACCCAAACAGAGCCCCAGGGGGAUUUUGCUCUGUGUGGUACCAUAGCAAGUAGUGUAGAUAUUAAAGAACAGGAAUGUACAGAUGAGCUUGCUGGUCAAGAAAGUACAACCUCACAAGUAUUGCUCAGUCCUGUGGAGGACAGUAGGAAUGGAAAUCCUGAAACUGAUGAGGCUGUUAGUCAUACAGAACCAACCAGUCCCAUGCAAGAGGAAGCAAAAGAAAUUUGUGAGGCUGUGAUUAUAAAGAAGGUGAACAGACCUAUAGACUUACCACUGUUUGACACGGACGGGAAACCUGUCAGACCACAACGCCGUGAAUCAAAAAAGAAAUCCAUGGAUAAGCGAGAGGGACGACUGUUAUCUGUCCCAAACAUCAAGUACAGUAGAUCUGAUCACUGGCUCCGUGACCUCCGAAGUAAAGAGGAUGCUUCAUCGAACCAACCUUCUUUUGGAAAUCUGAUGCGUCGUCUCAAUAAACUUGACAGUUCAUUUUCAAGGUCCAGAAGUUCUAGCAUGUCCAGUUUAGAGAACAUAAGCUCUGAAGCUAUACAGUGCCUGGCAUUUGCUGACUCUUAUACAAAAAAAUCUGAUCCAUCAACUUUUCCUACACUCUGGGUUGGCACAAGCUUGGGUUCUGUACUGACUGUAAUGAUCAACGUUCCACCACCAGGGGAGAGUCGUUUGACACAGCCUGUCAUUGUCUCACCAAUUGGAACAAUAUUCCGAUUGAAAGGCUGCAUAUUAACGAUGUCUUUUCUGGAUUGUAAUGGAGCACUGAUACCAUAUUCUUAUGAAGCAUGGAAAGAUGAGAACAAGGAGGGAAGAGAACGAAUAAAGACACCUACAAAAUCCACCUCUAACAAUCGUAUGUCACCAACGCUGAGUGGUCAGCAAGAUCAGUUUGGUGAUCGCCAGUUUGUUGUCCUCACAUCAGAAAAGCAAGCACGUGUCGUGGCCUUACCUUCCCAUAACUGUGUCUACAGGCAACAAAUCACUGAUGCUGACUUUGUGAUAAAGGCUGAAAUAAUUUCUUUGAAAGAUAGUGUCUGCCUGGUGUGUUAUAUCUCGAAUGGGCACAUCACUGCCUACACCUUGCCCAGUCUUAGACCAUUGAUUGAUGUAGACUUUCUUCCAUUAGCUGAUCUCAGUUUUCAGACAACCAAACAAGGCAUUGUAGACCCUAUGUUAUCCAUUUGGGGCCAACAGAUGUUUGUUAACGAAGACACAGACCAGAUAGCCAGAACUUUCUGCUUCAGUAAUCGUGGGCAUGGACUGUACUUGUGCUCACCAACAGAAGUACAGAAGUUCACAGUGUCUGCAGACUUCUGUUCAAGCCUUGCAGAAAUGGUAGGGGAGCUGUUCCUUCCCCAUGACAUGCCGGAACCUCCAAAGGAAGGCUUCUUCAAGGGGUUAUUUGGUGGUGGUAUACGACCCUUGGAUAGAGAAGAAUUGUUUGGUGAAGCAAGUGGCAGAGCAUCCCGUAGCGUGGCCAAGCUUAUUCCAGGUCCUUCUGCAAAUAUUGAAGCCAUGGGUCAGCGUGUGACAUCAGUGACAGGUGACAUUGCCAGGACACAUCAGUUGGUAGUGGAGAGAGGGGAGAAACUGGGUCAACUAGAGGAACGCACACAACGGAUGAUGUCUGAGGCGGAAAACUUCUCCCACUCGGCGCACUCCCUUAUGCUCAAAUAUAGAGACAAGAAGUGGUACCAACUGUGAACAUCCCAGAAUUUCAAUGGUAAUGGAUAUUAACUAGUGGCCAGUCUUAAUUCCAGAACAAUUUAAAAGUAUGUGGUGUGUUAUACUUCAGUCGUCAGUUUUCCAUCUUAUUGAGAAAAGGGAACAAAGGACCAUGCCACAAUAAUAAGUGAUAGUGCUAUACAGGAACACAAUUCGAUUUGUACAUGUGCCAUAACUGCAACACUCAGAAUGUAAGAACUUGUGCAAAAUUGCAAUUAUGUAACAGAUAAGGGUUUCACGCUCCCGUUAGCUUUAUAGUAUUGAUUCAUAUAGCAAUUUUUACACAUCUUUGUAGUGGGUACUUAACUACAUGAUCUGUGUUAAUUGACACUGAGAUAAAGCUACGUGGAGGAGACUUGCGUGCUGUUUGGACAAUGUUAUAUGAUCUCCAUUAGUAGUGAUACACACAGUAUGGAUUCACCAGAUUAUAACACCCCAUAACAAGUCAUAAUAAUCAGCCCCUUACAUUGUGUCUGCAGGCAGGUCAAUGUCAUGUUUGUCAUCUCUCUGUUUCUGGGGCCAGUGACCAUAUGGCUUGUGCCCAAAUUGUACAUAUUAGAUCUUAUCUAUAAAAGGAAAAAUCACUAAUUAUGAAGUACACGUUUUGUCAAUAAUUUUCUGUACAUUAAUGGAGAAAGUAUGUAAAACUGGAUUAUUAUAAUGUAUGUAAGAAAUAUUUUAAAAAAUUUUGGACAGAAUGCAAUACCUACUUUGUGUUUGCACAUGAUGGAAAUUACCUUGCUCUGUUAAACAGAAUUUAUAUAGUACCAUGCAUAAUGAACUUUUUUUAAAAUUUAUGUCAAAAGGGUAUCACAGAGCAAAGACCAUUGGGAAGUAAUGAUUUUAUUCAAUUUAAAUCUUUUGAUACCUUAUAUUACUGUACUUAAUGUUUUCAGUUAGAUCAUAAAUAAGAUACACUAACUGAUGAAAGUUACUUGAGAAAAUAACCAUUUUGAUUACAGCUGCAUUUCAGUAUCAGUGCAGAUUAGUAACUGUUAAAUUCACUGAAACUAACAGUGCUGCCAUUCUCUACUCUUUCAGAAAAUAAUAAAUAUGAUGGUUUAAAACAUUUUAUUUUGGUACAAGUUGUGCCAGGGCAUGUCAGGUUUGCUUAAGGUACUAUGCAAUAAUCAGUAUUGACCAGAAUAACAGCCGCUUUAAUUAUUCAGUCAGGUGACCAUUUGCGUAGUGGCUGUUAAGUCUUAGCAUUCAUAUUUCACUUCUGUGGUAUAGUUUCUAUCCUAUUUCAGCAAUGAACAUUUCCAAAUUACAUGUCACACAGAAUUACUGGGUUUUGGAGAUUUGCCAAUUGUCUGAUAUUCUAAAAAUUACAGAACACAACGUUUCAGAAACUGGAUCUCUUUCAAUCCUCAGGUUGGGGGGGGGGGACAGCUCCAGGUUCUGAAACGUUGUGUUCUCUAGUUUUUAGAAUAGUGGAAAUGGACAGAGUUAAAAACUCAUUAAUUUUGAGUGUUAUACCCCAUUGCCAGAAGCCUUUAGAAUCUACUUACAUAUCACAGAAGGCAAACAAUUUGGACUCAGUCUGUGAACUUAAUGGCACAUUACUAUUAACCUAACAGAUAUUUUGGUCUGUAUAGUACAGUUGCUGUAACAAGAGUUAUCAGGUUUUUGCGCAUUUAAAAAUAAAAUGGAUUCUGCAUGAGGUAUGAAAGACAUGUUCUGCAUGUAACUAGACCAUGAUAUGGCACUGUAAAGCUGCCAAUGUGUUGUAAAUAAUAUAGGUUUGUAUUUUAGGGUUGUACUUAAUAAAAGCAAGAAAAUAUGUGAUAAUCACUCUGCCCACUCUUAAUUGUUAUAUUGAGACCUGAUCUUUGUUAAUAACAGAUGCAACUUUGUUUAUUAGAAAUACCUGGUUGUUAAACAUUGUUGGAAUAUAAUCCUUGCAUUAAUUGUAAACAUUUCAUAUAAGGGAGCCUAUCGUUACAGAAACUUUGGGGGCACUGUAAACUUGGGUGUGAUGUAUAUACUUAUCAUCUUUGUCUGGCGUUAUGUUACUGUACGUGCACAACAAAUUCUUGAUGACUGUUAAUUUAGGCUAAUGCUAUGUCCUGCAUUGAAGUACAGAAUUUUACACACUGCACAUUUCAUGAUGUAUAUAUUUUUAAAUUCAUGUGAAGUUAUGUAUACAUAUAAAUUAUGCAACUUCUAUGAUACAUGUUUCAAAGUAAUGGAAGACAAUAAGAAAAAGUUAUAAAUUUUUGUAAAUGAUUUCAGGCAUCAGUGUAAUGAUAUGUAGAUAUUAAUCUUGGGUGCAGAGGAAUGAGAAUAAACAUGUAAGUGAUUGUGGAAAUGCUAUAAAAUGCCGCUUAAUGAAAUGUACAUAGUAGCCCACAGUAUGACCAUUUGUUCUCAGAUUUAAACAGUGUGUUACACACAUGAUAAUGGUUUAUGUGGGAAUAAUCAUAGCUUCCUUUCAAACCGAGAUAUGUGACAGAUCUGAUAUCUACAGCUGAUUCAUUAUGUUAGAAAAAAAUUAGAAAUACAGUUUAUUCAAUGAAAUUAACUCAGAAAUGUGUCAUUUAAAUUAGCUGUGUUGGCAGUCCAAAGUUGAGCAAAUGUUAAGAUGCUAAUCUUGAUUAAUCAGAUUAUGUAUCCAGAACUUGUAGAUUUUUCAUUGUGUUUAUCAUAUUCUCAUGACACAACCUGGUUGACAAAUAACAGAACAUAAAGAUAUGUCAGGAUGUUAAAUUUAUAGUAAAGUGAAGUUGGAAAUUGUACAGUACUGUAUCUCUUUCUAGAACAGACGAAAGAUAAAAGAAAAUUGAGGAGUUUUGAGAGAAAUAACAUAAUCAGAACCUGUAAUAAAUUCCCAACCUUUCAGUUAAAAA